GAUGGAGUAGGUGUAGAUGAGAAGCUGUCUUUACGGCGGGUAGCCGUCGUAGAAGAUUUCUUUGACAUUAUCUAUUCCAUGCAUGUUGAAACUGGGCCUAAUGGAGAACAAAUCAGAAAACAUGCUGGACAAAAGAGAACGUAUAAAGCAAUUUCAGAGACCUAUGCCUUCCUACCGAGAGAAGCGGUGACACGGUUUCUAAUGAGCUGCUCAGAGUGCCAGAAAAGAAUGCAUUUAAACCCAGAUGGAGCGGAUCAUAAAGAUAAUGGAAAACCUCCAACUUUGGUGACCAGUAUGAUUGAUUACAACAUGCCGAUCACUAUGGCUUAUAUGAAACAUAUGAAGCUGCAGCUACUAAAUUCACAGCAAGAUGAGGAUGAAAGCUCUAUAGAAAGUGAUGAGUUUGAUAUGAGUGACUCGACGAGGAUGUCAGCUGUGAACUCCGACCUCAGCUCCAAUCUGGAAGAGAGAAUGCAAAGUCCUCAGAACCUGCAGGGCCAGCAGGAUGAUGAUUCAGCCGCAGAGAGUUUUAAUGGCAAUGAGACCGUGGGACACAGUUCCAAUGCUUCAGGGGGAACACACUGCAGGGAGAUGGCAGAAACCAACAGUAAUGGCAAAACAAAUCUGGAGCAGGAUGAGCAGCCUCUGAACCUGAGUGACAGUCCCCUCUCUGCUCAGCUGACUUCAGAAUACAGACUAGAUGAUCACAGCAGUAAUGGAAAGAACAAAUACAAGACUCUCCUAAUUUCUGAUCUCAAGAUGGAACGGGAGGCAAGAGAAAAUGGAAGCAAG